AGCAACGACAGCAAAACGAGCAACCCUAUAUUGGAGAAAUAUCUGCGGAAUCAGUCCGAGACUGCCGCCACCGCCCCCAGCCAACACCGACCACAAGCCGGGGAUAUCUCCGCGUCUUCCAUUUUCGAAGAUGACCGACGUACACAGCAGCAAGCCAAGCAGGCCGCAGCCAAAGGCGCUGAUGGCGAUGACGGCCAAUUACAAGUGGGCGGAGUAGACAGAGAUCCUGCCAACAUGCGGCACGUUCUCGACCCAGAUCCGAACGCGCGGGAACGGUGGGAACGGAAGAAGGUUAUACAGAUGAUCCGCAAGGGUGGGAGGUUAACAAAGCAGCAGAUGAUCAAGCGGACGGAAAGAGAACACAUGGUGAGGAGUCAUAACAUGAAGACUAGUGUGAAGAAGCUGGGCAUGUUGGCGCGUCAGAUUGCUGGCAAGGGGCUGGACGAUGCGAUUGUGCAGAUGCGCUUUAGCAAGAAGAAGGUCGCCCAGGAAGUGCUAAAGCAGCUCGAGUUCGCACGCGACGAGGCCAUAGUCACGCGUGGGAUGGGUUUGGGAGGUGUUGGCGUUGAUGUGAAAGCCGGCAAUCUAAACAGCACUUCACCACCAGUAUCCGGCGUUGCGCCACUCCUACCAACCGCGACCGAAAGCGGGACAGUAACUGGCCCCGUACAAAUUCAGCUCAAGGACGGCAAGCGACAUACCGUCACCGAUACGUCCAAGAUCUACAUCGAUCAAGCGUGGGUCGGACGAGGCCCUUAUGGUCAGCUGGCCGAUUACCGCGCAAGAGGUCAAGUCUACAUCAUGAAGACGCCUUGGACCAGUAUCUCUGUCGUCCUGAAGGAGGAGAAGACGCGGAUCCGCGAACACGAAGAGCGUGAAGAGAAGAGGCGGCGGGAGGCAGUUGGGAAGAAUUUGUGGACGCAUCUGCCGGAUCGACCUAUUCAGUGGCAGCGGCAGUGGUAUACCUUUUAG